AUGUCAGCAACAACAGCACCAAACUCGUUAGUCAUGAACCCAACUUCAAUGUUAGUAGAAAUGAAAAGCUUCAUUCCUUCUUCAUAUACUUUCGAAACAGAAAUCCAGAAGAUAAAGCAAGAACUUCUCCAAGGAGAUUUAGACUGUAGUGCGAAAGAUGAAACAAAUGAACAAUAUCUUUAUGAAAUGCAGGAUAUUAUUGACCAUUUACCUAAAAUUCCUGAAAUACAACAACAAAAGCUCACUAUUCCAGAAUUCGAUGAAAUAGAAGUGAAACCAACUGACUCAGUAGAAACCAAGAAGUUCAUACGUAAG